CUUCCCAGUAAACAACAGUAUUUAUGUAAACUACAAAGGUUUCACAAAUGCUUCUCUAGACAACUGUAUAUUAUUCUAUGUGUCAUCAACUUCAAUGGAGGAGUUCAUGUCUAAUAAGUAUUUGAGAUUUGUGAAAGCCCUGGACAGUUUGUUUAACCUGCAGGCUUCAAAGACUCAUGUGUUUGGCAUCAAGCAGAUGGGGAGGGAAAUUCUUCUGUUUGCUGCAGUCAAAAACUAUAAUGGUCAGUAUCUUAGCAGAGAGGUAGCGAGUGGUGUAUCUACUGGACAUAAAAAGUUACUGGAAACACAGAGCAACGUGACAAUUUCUCACAUCACCAGUGAUCCAUGCCUCACUAACCCCUGUCAAAAUGGGGCAUCAUGCAACAAAAACAUCUACAUCAGCCAGGAGGUUGCUGUCUUGGAGAGUGUGGCUGUCAUUUUUGUGUCACCACAGAAAGAGAUUUUUAAUUGUACUUGUCUGCUUGGUUUCACUGGUUCCCUGUGUGAAGAUGACAUUGAUGAAUGUGAGGUGAAUCCCUGCAAGAAUAAUGGCACAUGUGAGAACACUGCAGGAAGUUUUCACUGUCACUGUUUGAAUGGUUUCUCUGGCUCUGUCUGCUCUGGUGAUGUUGAUAUAUGCCUGAAGGUGAAGUGCCAAAAUGGUGGAACAUGCAUUCCCUCGCAGGAUUGGCAUUACUGUCACUGUUUGCCUGGUUUCAAAGGUAGAUUUUUAUCAUACAAAGAAAAAUAAAUACAAAAACCAAAUGAUUAUCAAAUGGAAAUUUAUUUAAAUGUGUGGUUCAUUUUCCAGGUGAAUUGUGUGAAGAGCUCAUAGAUCAUUGCAGAUCAUCACCAUGUGUUCAGGGCAGCUGCAUCAACUUACAGACAGGGUUUUCCUGUAAUUGUCCAUUUGGUGAGAAUAAUACAAAAAGAACAAUGUUUAAAGCAACAGCUCAGCAAUUUCAGCCAGAAGAAGACAGCAAUCUGUUAGCAUAGGAGACAACAGCUAGCUGGGCUCUGAUGAAAGGUAACAAAAUUAUCCGUCUAUGUAAUCUGCAUAAAAAUCAGUAGUGAAAGCCACUAAUUUCACAUCCAUAAUUAGAGAGUUGUAUGUGUGCAAGGAGGCAGUUUGGUUAAUGAUGAACAGGAAUGGUGCUUUUACACUGCAUAUAUUGUUGCUAAAAUAAGCAAACUGACUGCUAGCUGUAACCUUACAGGUAUGAGCUUAAAUACUAAAUAUAUAAUAAAAAUAAAAAAACAAAAAUGGUAUGCUAAGAUGACCAAAGUAUAUUUUGUUACCUUCAUAUGGGCAACCAAGCUGUUUCCUUAUAGCUGAAUUGGUUUAUUUGAAGUUAUAGGAUUUUAUAUUUUGUCAUUUAAAACACUGACUUGUUUAUUCAUAUACAUAAAGAAAUUUUGUUCCCAAGUCACAAUUAAACCAUGUAUUUACUCAAAUGUUCUUUCUCUAUAAUUCAUCUUCAUUGCAGGAGUCAGUGGAGUCCACUGCGACGAGAACAGUUAUGGCUUUGAAGAGCUGUCCUUCAUGGAGUUUCCUCCUUUGGAUCGCAGGACUAAUUUAAUCUUUCUUGAGUUUGCGACAAUGCAGAGGAACUCUCUCCUUCUCUACAAUUCUGGAGGGUCAUCCAGUAGGGAGUACUUUGCACUGGAGAUAAUUGAUGGGAUGAUGCAUCUCUCUUAUGACCUGGGCUCGGGGCCUGUGAGGCUGCAGACACACAAGCAAGUUACAGAUGGACAUUUUCACAGUGUUACCGCCAGAAGGAUUGGCCAUAUGGGGUCUUUGCUUGUGGACAAUUGUACAGAUGUUGAGAAUGAUGGAUUUUGUUUUUCAAAGAGUGAUGGCAGUAUCUCAGAAAGGACACUUGACGUCGGCAACACCAAUAUGACAUUUGGAGGGCUGAGGACUCUUGAGUUGGUUUUACUGCAUCCUAAUCAUAUAAAAACUCAUGAUUUUGUUGGAUGCAUUCGAAACAUUCAUGUUAAUGGCAUCAUAUUGAGCCCUUCAAUGGCUCUCGCAGCAUAUAACAUCCUUGACAGGUGUCCUCGAUCAACAGCGUUGUUAUGUGACAGUGUCCCGUGCAAGAACGGUGGUGUGUGCUAUGACCUUGGGUCUGACUAUCUUUGUGAAUGCAAAAGCCCUUUUACUGGAAGUGACUGUGCCACAGAAAUGUCAGAGGAGCUUGUAGUGCGGUUUAAUGGGAGUGAUUACAUUGAAUAUGUUGUCAAGGAGAGAUUUAAGAGAGACCAUCUGCUAAAAGACUUGGUAGAUGAUGACAUAGAAGGAAACAUUAAAGACCAAAUGGUGAUUAGCAUCAAGUUCAAAACACAAGAUGAUGGUGUGCUGCUCUUUGUUCUUGGACCGACGGGAUACAUCAUGCUAAUGAUAAAAGACAGAAAGCCUGUGUAUGUGUUCAAGGAUACAUUGUCAGGAUACCUGUCAGAGUUCAGCGUGGGGCCUCCAGUGGCUGAUGGGGUCUGGCAUGUCCUUUCUUUGUUCAGAAAUGGGCACAACACUUUUCUGUCUGUGGAUGGUAAACUAGUGUUAAACAGCACUGAACGAAGCAUGGAUCUCACUCCUGCUAAUCUGGAAAAGAUCAUUCUUGGUGCUGCUCCAACAACAGAAACAAAGCUCCAUCAGUCAGGGUUCAGUGGAUGUGUGCAGGACUUCAGUGUGAGGGGCGACACCCUGCUUGUCAGCGGAUACAGUGUGAUGGUGGAGGUUUGGCCAAGCUCGACUUUAGUCCAGUCCAGCUGCAGCUCUCCAGGUGUCUGCCUCCCCUCACCAUGCUAUGAGGAGGGAACGGUCAGGAAGACAUGUCUCUCACACUGUCAAAACCAUGUGGCAUGCACACCCACCCUGCAAAACAAGUCCUGCAUUUGUUUACAUAAUACUUCGGAGCAUUUUUGUGAUAUCUGCAUCUCCAAAACCAUUGAUAAGUGCGCUGAGGGGCAGCAGGACAGCAAGCCUCUGUGGCUCAUAGGUGUUGUUCUUCCUCUACUCUCUAUACUGGUGGUUGUAAUAAUGUGUGCUUGCCUGUACAAAGCAAGACAACGGUAUGCAAAGAGUCAAAGAGAAACUUUCCUGCAAAAACUAGGGCAAGGGACAGCAAACACUGCUUUUUGUUUUGAUGACAACACAGUGCUCUCUGACCCUGUGUCUACAGAUAAAGAGAAACCUUAUGACCCAGUGAGUUCUGAUCAGCAGAGGUCAAAUGUGGAGUUUUACUGUGGUGCCAGUGAACUGCAGAUGCCGUCAAGUGAGCUUGAGUAUUAUGAAAUUGGCAGCAUCUGUAGUGCACUUCAUUCUGACAAUAACUCACUGAAACUUAACUGCCACAAGCAAUCAUACAGUCAAAAAAAUGUGAAAGCUGAUCCUAAACAGUGGGGAGAUCUGAAAAUGCUUUUUACGAGAUUUAAGAAAGAAAGUACCUGUGAAGACAAAAACCCAACAAAGACUCAAAAUGUCGCCUCACUAAACCAACAGCUGCUGUCUAAGAUUCACACAGAGCAUCCCCAGCCACCAAUGCCUCAUUACUUAAAGAGAUUUCCACAGCCAGAGCUCCUGGAGCCAAUACAAUGUCUCACUUUUGAAGAAAUUUGCAAACUAGAUGUUCCUGUAGAGUCAGCAUUGUCAGCUCAAGCCUCCCUGAAACCUGGACCUGCUGAAUCCACCAUGAUGACGGAGGCUUCAUCUGAUUGCGAAACGGACAGCACAUGCACCUGCUCAGAGUCUGAGUAUCGACAAUUUUCUAACAUCAUUGGCAAGAAAUAUAUGUGUGAACAGCCAGCUCUGUCAGAGUGCAACUUUAGACAGGAAAACAACCCAUCUGUCAACUCAUUCUUUAAACAAACCUGCCCCCCUGCUGCAGGUCAGGGUGAAACUGAGAGAACUCUGUCCACUAUGUUUGAACAGUGGGAAAAUAUUUUAAAUAUGCAUCUACCUUACAGCAGCUAUGCACCCAUAUUUGAAGAUAUAGCAUGUUUAUCUUCUGAAUACAAUCAAUGUUGUAGUAUUCAAAGUGACACAGAAGAAAUUAUUUGAUUGAUCUUCAGCAUGGUUUAGUGGAUAACGGUACUGAUGUGUUGAAAUGCUAACUGGUAUUUCUUUGGUUGUCUGAAGUCUUGUAUUAGAUAAGAUCAUUUAACAUCUUUGAAAAAGCCAUGGGGAGUGCAUGUAUGUAAGAAUGCCUGGAGAAGAACCAUUAUGAAGAUAACAUAAUUUAGUAAUGCUACAAACUAAAAUGGGCACUGGUUAAUAAUUAUGUCUGUGUAAUUGUGUUUUAAGUAGGUUCUCAAAAAUUAUGCC